UUUCGGCUGCUUUUUGCUUUUCUCCCCUGCCACGCACGAAAAGCCGCACCCGGCUGUCGGCGACAAACGACUGUUGAGCGCCCAAAUGGAGAUAUCAUGAGGGAGAACAAUUACAAAAUAGACCGAAGAGCCUCGUACGGUGUAAGGUUGUACAACCAAAUGAUGACCAAAGCGAGCGCCCAGAGCGACAUAUCCGGAAUCCUGCCAGCCAUGGCUAUCCAUCAGCUGUUAAGGCUCUGCCUCUCCUCGCGCUUCUGUCUCCUGAUCUUGAGCCUCCGCGGGUGCACGUCUUCCGCAGCACACCGCUCUACUCGGUGUCUCUUUCUCUCUUGUCUCUCCUCUCCUAUUCGAACAUCUGAAGAUCGACCCAGCACACCUGAUGUCAACCAAUGUCUCAUGCCUGGAACGAGUUCCGCGCAGGCAAGCAAGUUGAGGCGUCCCAUCCCAAAGCCUGGGCGGAGCUCCUCCCUUCCCCCAAUUCACAGUGACAUACCAGCCUCAUGCCCUAUCAAUAACGACACAACACACAAUCAAUCCCCGGAAACACAACGCCCCUCAUAUCAUCAUCAUAUCGUAAGUAUGCAUGCCGUCGACACUCCACACAUACAUGCAUGCACAUACAUCAAUUGGUCCCGGAUUGCAGCGACUCUUUCGCAAUUCCUGCAGCAUAUCACGGCAGAUGCGCGAAAACGAUUUGUCGAAUCGACAGUCUCCGCCUGGCCAAUGACCGCUCUUGAACCCAUUUGCCGCAACUUUUGUUCCUCUGCAAACUCGCGAUUUGUGUCGUGCCGCGGAUCAGGUUGCCGGAUAAGGUGUUACCCAACGUCUUGCGCUCGCCCAAUCAGCGUUUUCGUCCUUCUACUGCCGUUUCUUCGACUGUUAGUUGUUUGCGAAGAUGGUGUUUGAUCGACAGAAACGGUAAUUUUCUACACAUGCCGCAUUUUCCUCUCACGCUUGUUACACGCAUGCUUCGGUACGUGUCUGUAGCCACAACAAUCCAC